CUACAGAACUAGAGUGCUAAAUCAACAUUUUUUUCUGUUUACUAAAUUUGAACAAUUACACACUUUCUCCUCUCUCUUUGUUUUCUUCCCUUUGGGUUUUUCACAACCGACUCCUUCUGAGAGUCAUAAAAAACAAAUAUUUUACUAGACAUUUUUUAUCCAGUGAUAUAAAGGAAAACAAUUCCUUGCUUUUCACCUUCACAUCAAGAUCCAUUCAUUCAUACAUACAUACACACACACCUCUCUCCGUGUGUGUGUAUAUAUAUAGAGUACAAUAUAAACUUGUUUUGUACAUUUAGAAGGAUAUACUAGGAAAAAGAUUGGAUUUUGGGAAUUGGGUGUGACAAUUGUUGAUAAUGGAUCUGAGGAGAAAAGGGUGUUUAAUAUUGUUAUUGGUUUUGGUGUUGGUGGUGAAGGGAGAAAGUAAUAAUGUAGUGUUUAAUGUGAAGCAUAAAUAUGGUGGGCGUGGUAGAGUUCAUACAGUGUUGAAUGAACUGAAAGAACAUGAUAGUCGACGCCACGGUAGAAUGCUUGCUGCCGUUGACUUCCAUUUGGGUGGCAAUGGCCAACCCACUGAUGCCGCGCUGUAUUACACUAAACUUACAAUCGGAACUCCUUCAAAGGACUAUCAUGUCCAGGUAGAUACUGGAAGCGACAUCUUAUGGGUGAAUUGUGCUGGCUGUGCCAGAUGUCCUUCAAAAAGCAGUCUUGGGAUAGACUUGACGCUGUAUGACUUAAAAGCCUCAGCAACAGGAAAAAGCGUUUCUUGCGACCAAGACUUCUGCACUGAUAUGUUCAAUGCACCCUACUCAGAUUGCAGGGUGGGAUCACCCUGUGAAUAUCAGGUUACUUAUGGAGACGGCAGCUCUACUUCUGGAUACUUUGUAAAAGAUUACAUUCAUUUUGAUCAAGUCUCUGGGGAUCUUAAAACCACUACCAUGAAUAGCUCCAUAGCAUUUGGGUGCUCAUCUAAACAAUCAGGAGAGCUAGGCUCAUCUACUCAAGCAGUUGACGGAAUAAUUGGCUUCGGACAAGCAAACUCAUCCCUUAUUUCACAGCUAGCUCUAUCUGGGAAGGUGAACAAAGUUUUUUCACAUUGCCUAGAUGGCAGCAAUGGUGGCGGCAUAUUUGCCGUUGGACAAGUUGUUCAGCCAAAAGUAAAGUCAACACCACUAGUCCCGAAUGAGCCACAUUAUAAUGUCGUCAUGAAGGGAAUUGAGAUUAAUGGGAAAGCUCUAGACGUCUCUACAACUAUCUUUGAUGCGGGAUCCAACAGAGGAACAAUAAUUGACAGCGGUACAACGUUAGCAUAUCUUCCUAGCAAGGUGUAUAGUGCUCUCAUGGACAAGUUGAUGGUGAAGCAGCCAGAUCUACCGACUCAUCUUGUUGAGGGGAGCUUCCACUGCUUUUUCUACAGUAAAAAGAUUGAUGAUGGUUUCCCAGUUGUAACCUUUCAGUUUGCUAAUUCUCUGUCUUUGAAAGUUUAUCCCCACGAUUAUCUUUUCCAAGUUGGCGAAAAUGAAUGGUGUAUUGGUUGGCAGGACAGUGGAAUGCAGACAAAGGAUGGAAAGGAAAUAACUCUAUUAGGAGAUCUUGUGUUAUCCAACAAGGUUGUUGUUUAUGAUCUUGAAAACCAGAGUGUUGGCUGGACUGAGUAUAACUGCUCUUCAAGCAUCAAAGUCAGAGAUGGAACUUCUGGAAAAGUGUAUAGUGUGGGUUCUCACAAUAUUUCAUCAGCUUCUACCUUGAAUUCAAGAAUGGUUUUUACAUUCUUCAUACUAGUAAUCUCCAUCCUAUGCAACUUGUUGAAGUGAGAUACCAGCAAAACUGUACAGGGAGUCAUUGUUGUGCCAUGACAUUCCGCGAUAUAAUGAUUCUUUGGAAUUAUAACUCCUCUUCUUAUACCUUCAACAUGAUUCAUGACAUUUACACGAAUACAAACAGCACUUGUUUGAUGAAACUGAAUUGCUGCAGUUUCUCUUCUGUUCUAACACAUAGGGACCGUCCUCAUAGAUGCUGGUCUAAGUAUUUCUUUUCUUAUUCUGUUUCCUUUUAUUUCCCUGCUUUUUCUCUUGGCACGUUUAUGGAAGAUGCUGAUAUUGAAGAGAUGCAAGCAUUACUUGAUGGG